GCUAAAUGUAGUAAUACUGAAGUGAGUUGUGUGGCAAUCAGUCUCUACUGAGAAACAAGGGAGACAGGACCAAGAUGGCCCCUCAGGCUGACCGUUGCCUGAAAGUGGGCAUGGUUGAGUACCCUAUGAUGACGGAUGUCACGGGUUCACCGCCCUACGUGAACUACAGCGGCCCCACUGUGACGAUACUGAAGCUGCUGAUGAACCAUAUCGACUACUGCUACCGAUUUGUGGACUCCCUCACUGAGCUAUAUGGACAAGUGCUCGACAACGGCUCCUGGACUGGCUUGAUGGGGAUGCUACAGAGAGGCGAAGUGGACAUGACCGGGUCGCUGUUUUCUGUGACGUGGCGGCGGUGGCAGGCGGUCGACUUCACCCCAGCUCUUUACGUUGAUCACACCAACAUGGUUUAUGCUCGCCCAGAAGUAUCUUCCGACAUGGCUGGAUUUAUUAAGCCAUACACUUUACUAGUGUGGUCGGCUUUAUUCCUCACUACCCUGCUGAUGUUCUCUGCUACUCUCUUCAUCUACAGAGGAGAAGCAGCCCUUAAGACACUGACGAAGAAGGGAAUAAAGCCACAAGCGUGGGGCUGGGGGACGACGGCCAAAAAAUCAUCGGAAUGUACGUGGUCGACGCUGUUGGCCCAAAGUGUGCCACAAAUGCCGGAUGAAGGGACGACCCGGUUCACGGUUGGCCUGUGGCUGCUCGUCUCCCUCAUCAUAGGUACCGUUUACCGCAGCAAUCUGAAAGCAAUGCUGAUAAUUCCUAAAGUGGAACUGCCAUUUGAUAGCCUAGAAGAACUGAUCGACACCGGCUUCACCGUUGCCACGAUCAGUGGAACCACAAUGCAUCUUGAUAUAAUGACUACAAGACGAAGUAGAAGAACAUCACCACUCCGCCAAUAACGACCACUCGCUUUUCCACCACCAUUGCAUAAUAAAUGUUCUAAAU